CGUCCGCACUCCUCAGCCCCGCUGAGCCCUGGAGGCCUCCCGGAUGGAGCCGCUGCUCCCGGUCGGAGCUCAGCCCCUGGCCACGGUGGAGGGUGUGGAAAUGAGGGGGCCUCACCGGGAGCCCUGCUCCCUAACUCUAGCCCAGAGGAAAGGGCAAUAUGAGUUAAUAAUCCAGUUGCACAAAAAGGAACAGCAUGUUCAAGAUAUCAUUCCUAUAAAUAGCCACUUUAGAUGUGUUCAAGAAGCAGAAGAAACUCUUUUGAUUGACAUAGCAUCAAGCAGUGGCUGCAAAAUUCGGGUUCAGGGGGACUGGAGCAGAGAGCGCCGCUUUGAAAUCCCUGAUGAAGAACUAUGCUUGAAGUUCCUUUCAGAAGUCCUUGCUGCUCAGGAAGCUCAGUUACAACUUCUUGUUCCAGAGCAAAAGGAGUCAUCCAGUUGGUACCAGAAAUUAGACACUAAAGACAAGCCUGGGUUUUCAGGGCCUUUUGGAUUUGAGGAUAAUUUUUCAGCUAUGAAUUUGGACAAGAGAAGAAAUACACAAAAUCAGCCUACAGGGACUCACCGGGAACCCCCACCUCCACCCUGCUCCGUCAGUAAAAUGCUACCACGUGAAAAAGAAGCAACUAACAAGGAACAGCCCAAAGUGACCAACACCAUGCGGAAGCUCUUUGUGCCAAGUAACCAGUCUGGGCAGAGGGAGGGUCUCAUCAAGCAUAUCCUGGCAAAGCAUGAGAAAGAAUAUGUUAACAUUCAGGCUUUCAAAUUUUUCGUUGGAACUUGGAAUGUUAAUGGCCAGUCUCCAGACAGUGGAUUAGAACCUUGGCUCAACUGCGACUCGAAUCCUCCUGAUAUCUACUGCAUCGGAUUCCAGGAACUGGACUUGAGCACAGAAGCCUUUUUCUAUUUUGAAUCUGUAAAGGAGCAAGAGUGGUCCAUGGCUGUAGAAAGAGGUUUGCACUCUAAAGCCAAGUAUAGGAAAGUUCAACUAGUCCGCCUCGUUGGUAUGAUGCUCCUUAUAUAUGCCAGGAAAGACCAGUGGCGUCAUAUCCGUGAUGUUACCACAGAAACAGUUGGAACCGGCAUCAUGGGAAAAAUGGGCAACAAGGGCGGGGUGGCUGUGAGAUUUGUAUUUCACAACACUACAUUCUGCAUUGUCAAUUCUCACCUGGCUGCCCACGUGGAGGACUUUGAGAGACGGAACCAAGAUUAUAAGGACAUCUGUGCUCGAAUGAGUUUUGUGGUCCCAAAUCAGACUCUCCCUCAGCUGAACAUCAUGAAACACGAUGUUGUCAUUUGGUUGGGAGAUUUGAACUAUAGGCUUUGUAUGCCAGAUGCCAGUGAGGUGAAAAGUCUUAUUAGUAGAAAUGACCUUCAGAGACUCUUGACAUUUGACCAGUUAAAUAUUCAGCGUACACAGAAAAAAGCUUUUGUUGACUUCAUAGAAGGUGAAAUCAAAUUUAUUCCCACUUAUAAGUAUGACUCUAAAACAGAUCGAUGGGAUUCCAGUGGGAAAUGUCGAGUUCCAGCUUGGUGUGACAGAAUUCUUUGGAGAGGAGCAAAUGUUAGUCAACUUCAUUACCGGAGUCACAUGGAACUGAAAACCAGUGAUCACAAACCUGUUAGUGCGCUCUUCAAUAUUGGGGUAAAGGUUGUGGAUGAACGGAGGUAUCGGAAAGUCUUUGAAGAUAUUGUCCGCAUCAUGGACAGGAUGGAAAAUGAAUUCCUUCCUUCGGUAGAACUCAGCAGAAGGGAAUUUGUGUUUGAGAAUGUGAAGUUUCGGCAACUGCAAAAGGAGAAGUUCCAGAUCAGCAACAACGGACAGGUUCCCUGCCAUUUUUCUUUCAUCCCUAAACUUAAUGACAGCCAGUACUGCAAGCCAUGGCUUCGGGCCGAACCUUUUGAGGGCUACUUGGAGCCAAAUGAAACAAUAGACAUUUCCCUUGAUGUGUAUGUCAGCAAAGACUCUGUAACCAUCCUGAACUCAGGGGAAGAUAAGAUUGAAGAUAUUCUUGUCCUUCACCUGGAUCGAGGCAAAGAUUACUUCCUGACGAUCAGUGGAAAUUACCUCCCAAGUUGCUUUGGAACAUCCUUAGAGGCUUUGUGCCGAAUGAAGAGACCUAUUCGAGAAGUUCCUGUUACCAAACUCAUAGACUUGGAGAAAUCUCUUCUGCAGAUGGUUCCCUUGGAGGAAGGUGCUAGUGAGAGGCCUCUUCAGGUCCCCAAGGAGAUCUGGCUCCUAGUUGAUCACUUAUUUAAAUACGCCUGCCACCAGGAGGACCUAUUCCAGACCCCUGGCAUGCAAGAGGAGUUACAGCAGAUCAUAGACUGUCUGGAUACCAGCAUUCCUGAGACAAUCCCCGGCAGUAAUCACUCAGUGGCUGAAGCACUGCUCAUUUUCCUGGAAGCCCUGCCAGAGCCAGUCAUCUGUUACGAGCUGUACCAGCGUUGCCUCGACUCUGCCCAUGACCCUCGGGUCUGCCGGCAGGUGAUUUCACAACUUCCAAGAUGCCAUAGAAACGUUUUCCGUUACUUGAUGGCUUUCCUUCGAGAACUCUUGAAAUUCUCGGAAUACAACAAUGUCAGCGCCAACAUGAUCGCUACUCUCUUCACUAGUCUUCUCCUAAGGCCACCACCCAACCUCAUGGCAAGACAGACUCCAAGCGACCGCCAGCGUGCUAUCCAGUUCCUUCUGAGUUUCCUGCUGGGGAAUGAUGAAGACUAA